AUGUUGCCAUCAUCAGUAAGGCGAUUGGCAUGUGUCGCUUCAAGGGCGCAGUUUCUGCCACAAAUUUUAUCCUCAUCCAUCCCAGUCAUUCAGCUACCUGCUAAGAGUACUGCACGUUUUUGUCAUGCACAACACAACGAGGAUAUCGUUGAAGCAGUUGGAUUGGCAUUCAACCACAUCGAGAAGAAGAAAGGAUUAUAUAAGCCAAAGCACUCGAUACAGGAACAAAUUGAUUACAUGAAAAGCAAAGCGUACAGUGAUGCAUAUAAAGGUUCACCGAUAUAUCAUUGGUAUAAAAGGAAUUAUAAAGGACAAGCCAUUCUACAGCCGAAACCGCGAUUAUUCUGCAUUGACAAAGAAGGCAAAUUCAACGUGAAUAAUGCAUGUCCGAUUUGUCGUGAUGAAUACUUGUUCUUCGAUUAUCGAAAUCCAUCGUUAAUCGAACAAUUCCUCGCGUCCGGUACCGAUCAACCGAUUCCGUUGAAGCGUUCCGGACUAUGUAUCGAGCAGUACAAUCAGCUUAAAGCUCAGCUUCUUAAAGCCAAGGAACAUGGAACCAUAAAGUUUGGUGUUCCAUUUCGAAAUUUCGACUACUCACAGUGGUAUUCGUGGUGGGAUGGUGAGGAGCACGUGAAAGUGCAAAGAGGUGGCAUCAAUAUCGAGACUGUACAUCCAGAUCCAUUGGUUGCAUUCCCAACACACAAACGUGACUUUGGCAAUAACUGGGAUCAGUGGUGGUUGAGGCAUGAUAAAUUCGCGCGAAAAGCGAAAUGA